AUGAUUUCACACCAACAAACACAAACUUUAAAAAGAGCAUGUUCCCAUUUUGAACUGGAAUCACCAUUUCCAGAAACCCUUAAAAGGAAAAAAUAUUCACACCAAAUAAAUCAAAAUAAUAUAUUGGAUUCUACUGGUAGACCAAUAUCACCAAUUUCGUCUAUAUAUAUGGAAAAUAAAGUAUGUCAACUGAAACAAAAUCCGAUGGAAGAACAAUAUCGAUAUCAAAAUAGAAAUGACGAUAAUUACAGUAAUAGUCAUAAUAAUAGGAAUAUUUUUUCCAGAAAUUUUAUGACUCCAAUACCCACACCGUUAAAUCAAACAAGAUACAUAAAUCAUAUAAACAAUAUAUAUAAUGCAAACUCAGAACCAUAUUGUGAGGUUGAAGAAUAUAUGGCCAAAGGUUAUGAAAGCAUGGAAUAUAAUUCUCAUAAUAUUCAACUUCAUAACGGCAGUGGUAGUAAUAACAAUGAAAACAAAAACAGCCAUAAUAAUAAUAUGGCAUCAAUGCAAUACAGUCUUUAUGAUUUGACACAAGAAGAACUAGAUAUGAUGAUAAUGGAUGAUGCUACACUAACAAAUAUCAAUGCAGUUUGCUGA